GUAUGAAAAAGACUCCUAACUUUGUGCAACCAAUCUCAUGAUUGAAAUUUUAUUCUUCAUUUUUCAAAAAGCUGAUCAACCAAUUAGGCUACAAUUACUACAAACUUAAUAGGCCGACCAGUCCUGACUCGAAAUUUUGAGAGUAUCUAACCUGUCCUUUAAAAGUGUAAUAUUAGAGUCAGAUCUCGGAAGUAUUGGAAAGAGGAGUUUUUAAAUCAAUUUCAGCGAUUUAGUAGAAUUUAUGUGUGGUGGGGUCAUGAAAGUGUAUCGAAACGAUUGUGUGUGGUUGUGUUAUUAUAAAUAACAACAAAACAGAUGUUUUUAUUUAUUUAAACACAGAUCCAAGAUUCUCUCAGAGGUUCUACUUGGGCCAGUUAGGGUGGCGCAACCAGUCACUUCAGACGGCAAACUGGAGACGUUACAUUUUUGUCAUUUCAUUUUAUUCUGUGAUUUUAUUUCACUGGGUUUGUUGAAAGGGUAAACAACUGUUGGUGACGUUAAAUAGCAAAUAUUAUAUCUUUUUCCGUUAGGUACGAUAAUUGUUAGCAGACUAAUAAUGCCGUUAGUAAAGAAACAACCUAGGGUUAAAAGGGUUAAAGUGCUGACAAAAAGGAUACAAUUAUUUGGUGGCCGCAGUAAAGCAAAAUCUUAUAACACAAUAUAUGGAAAACUUAAAACAAACAAUAAUUCCUUGGCAAAAGCUCUUUCCAAUCAAAAACAGGAGAAUCAAUUAUUAUUUAGCCAAAAUGUUGAGCUACGUGCUCAGCUUCAUGCACUGGACACUGCUUGUAAUAAGCGUGAUCUGAUAAUUUCAAAAAUACACAAGAAUGCCAAGGACAUUCUUGGUAUGCUGGUCAACAUGACAAAUUCUGUGACAAAAACUAUCAUCUGUUGUCAAGAAUUUACGCCUUUAACAGACAAUAAUGCACGCAGUUCCAUAGGGACAGUUGCAAGGAAAGACUCAACUAGAAGGCAUUCGGAAAAAGCUCCUGCAAGGGGUAUUGUCAAACCUAUGGUGAGUGGACACACCAUAACAAAACCCACAAUAAAUUUGAGCCGAUUAAAUAUGGGUCAACUUACUACUAUUGCAAAUCUUAGUAAUAUUGAGGAAAUUGCAUCUCCUUCCCAAGCAAGCCCUGUGCUAACUGAUAUUCGAACACCAGUAACUACAUCAGCUAAUGAAAAUAGGACUAAUUAUGAUGGUAGAAGUAGACGUAGGCUACCGGAAAGAAUUCCAAUUCUUUUCUCCGACGACGAGGAGGUGCAAAGAUUAAGCAGAAGAAAUGGACGUUCGAGCAGACACUCCAGAAGGAGUUCUAAUAUAUUAUCCAAAAGUAUAACCAGUAGACACAGCAAUAAUGCUCUCUUAGAACGCAUCGGAAGUCCUCGAGUUGCCUUGAAUGAUGUCUCAAAACUCUUGCGAAAUUCGCAGACAUUUAACGUGCAACAGUUAUCAGAGGAAUCACGCGAAUCAAUCUCAAAUAAUAAUUCCACCGUUGAGGAAUCAACUCACGUACAGCCGAUAACAAGACCAAUGUCUCAGUUGCAAACGGGAACUCCAAAUGAUCAAUCAACAGAAGUGAAUACAAACAUAGAGCAUUUUGACCGUGAACCCAAGAAACAGAUCAAAAGAAACACAGUGACUUGGGAGGAUCCAUUGGAAGGGCCUAGCUGGAAAUAUAAUGCAUCUUCUGUAAUGAAUGACUUGUCAAUAUAUGAAAGAGAUGUAAUACCAACAGGAAGUAGUAAUGCUAAUACCAUUAAUGAUCAAUCAAAUCAAAAGAUUAAGUCGCCAAAAAAUCCAAAUGAUUGCAUCAAUCUAGAUGAGUCUAUGGAGUUCACAGAGUGUAUUACUAAUAUUACUGGCAGACCACCAGUAGCCGGUGGACCUUUUCUAAAGUUUCAUGAUCCCUCAUGUAUGCUUCACCAAAGUAAUAAUGUAGAAGUGCGAGCUGCACCACCGACUACCGUAGUCACUACCAAUUCCGAGAUGAAUAAUGUGGAUCUCGAGGAAGAACCGGUGUACAAUUUUCCUGGGCCUUUCGUAACUAUUCGUCAGCACUCUACAUUUGACGAUGAAGACGACGAUGAUUAUACAUUAAUGUACAUGCCACGUCAAAGGCAAGCCAAUAUGAAUUACGAUGUGAAUGAUCUUAAACUGCCAGUUUUGGAAGGACCUAUAAUACCACCUUCGACCACUGACGAGUCUGAGCCUGAGGUUACAGUAACAGUACAGAAGAUCACACAGAACUUCCCAGUGCCUGCUUUAUCGAAUGACAGCGUAGAUCGCCCCAUGUUCGAGCAGACGAUUAACGUUAACCUUCCACAAGUUCCUGAUGUUGACGAUCAGACUGAAAGGAUUUCUUAUAUACGGAAGAGGUCUUCUGCAUCUAAUGUUCAGAAAGGGAAACGGAUGUUGCUUAGUGUUAGCGAAUCUCCAUUAUUAAGGAAUGAAAAACUUAAAAAGAAAAGGAAGCCUGUUAGCUGUGCUAAAGAUCCCAGCGCCGUGAAGGUUGUUUCGCAGAAACUGAAUGAAACUUUUGUUAGAGAAAAGUCACCGUUACCGUUACAAUCACAAUCACAAUCAAUAUCACCGUCACAGUCACGGCCAUCGCCAUCGCCAUCGCCAUCGCUAUCACCAUCGCCACCGUUACUGUCACCAGAACGUAUUAGCUCACGAACUACAGGACGUUCUAGGAGAAAUGUAUCAACGUACUCUCAGGCAGAAGUGUCGAUGGAUUCUGAAAACAGUAGUAACGCCAGUAUCAACAGUGAAACAAGACCAGGUCGACCCAGACGGCAGAAAGCACCAGUGAAUCUGAAGGAACCAAAUUUAAAGAGCUUUUCAAUUUUUCAGAAAACUUCAAAGAAAUUUUUAAAAAACUUGGAUGACAUCUUGGAGUAUUAUCGAGAACACUUAUGAUGAAGCACCAAGGCUGGAUUUGUUUGAGUGAUUACGUCCUAUUUAUGUAAAUGAAUAAAUUGUUAUUAUGGUUAUGAAUA